UUGUUGUGAACGAAACAACUCAUCACUCUAAAGAUUAGAUAUUUUUUCUAAUUAAUAGAGAAAUCAAGUCAUGGCAUUGACACAUCAACUACUUUAACUGUAGUAAUUGCAGUAUUAGUAUAUCCUCAAUUGAUGCCGACAAGUCUAGAACAUUUGUAAGUUGUAACGGCACCAACAUCGUUGUGGUCAAUAUGCUUCCUUUGUCCCAUAAAAAUAUGUCAUAGUUUGUUUUUCAUCCGGUCCUGUAGAAAUAGUUCAUAUACAUUUAUGAUAAUAUAUUUUUUUUUUCUUUAUCAUUUGUGGUCCAACAAUCUACUACACAAUUUCAAUUACUUGUUCUCAUUCUUUCGUACUUUACCAAUUACAUAUUAAACCUCAUGUCAACCCUAAAGGUCUAUUUCUAUGGACGGAGUCACGGAGUGAGUAUAUACGAUCGGAUUUGUCGAUUUGUGUGUGUUACUACUUUGUUUCGGUUUGAUGUACUACAUUCAUAAAGCCAAAAUUAGUAAACUGAAAUUCAUGGAUGGUUAUUCUUUUUUGUUUAGACAAUCUGAAUUAAUAGUUAUUUGGCGACCCACACUGCUUCACUAAAAUAGCAGAAUGAUACUCCAAAAGAAAAUUAGGACCCCAAUAAUAAAGAUGCUUCUUUUUCCGUACCCUACUUAAAAAGUUGGGAUUGUAAAUUAAAAUUGAUGCCACAUUAUCAUUAUUGCGUCGGUGGCUCACUGUUUCUCAUCACUGGACACUACCACUAUGGCCAAGAAAGUGCUCUGAAAAUCAAGGUUACUUUGAGGCCAUGGCCGCAGCUUUGACUUCUUCAUUUCCUGUCCUGUUCUUUGCAAGAUUUUCAGCUUGUCUAGUUGCACUGCUUGUAGUAAUAUGGGCUCUUCAUUUCAAGGAUAGCUUCAUUCCUCAGUCCCCAAUCCAAGAAGAACACAUUUACGCUGUUAUGCACCCUUUGUUAAUGGUGAUUGGCUUCAUCCUCAUCAGUGGAGAAGCCAUUUUGGUGUACAAAUGGUUGCCUGGUUCAAGAAAUUUGAAGAAAUUAGUGCACCUCUGCCUCCAAGGUGUGGCUUUGGCUUGUGGGAUUUUUGGGAUUUGGACAAAAUUUCAAGGCCAAGAUGGAAUUGUUGCUAAUUUUUACAGUUUACAUUCAUGGAUGGGAAUAGUCUGUAUGUUCCUGUUUGGGGCUCAGUGGUUGUUUGGAUUCAUGAGCUUUUGGCACAAGGGCGAGGUGCGAACGACGAGGCUAAAGGUACUUCCUUGGCAUGUCUUCCUAGGUUUGUACACAUAUGGUUUAGCAGUGGUAACAGCUGAGACAGGGCUUCUUGAGAAGCUCACUUUCUUGCAAACCUUGGGAAACGUGUCUAAGCGUUGCCCAGAGACGGCGGUUGUCAACGGUUUAGGACUAAGUUUGGCCCUGCUGAGCAGUGUUGUGAUUGUAGCAGCGGUUACACCACCAAUGCGCCAAACUUCAGACAGGAAGCUUUCUUCUCUCUAGUUGAAAAGAGUUCUGUUACAUUGUACAUAUUGACAUAGUACAUGCUUUGUAAUGUGAAGUGUUACUUCUAAAACACUCUUUACUUUUGUAUCACUUUGCAUUAUUGCCUAGUUGACUUAUGUUGUUUUGCA